CGCGAGGGUUCGCGUUUGAUCGUGACGUCGAGUCGCGGAGUGGGGAUGCGUCGGUCGAAAGGGAGAGAUAUCGUAGUCGCACUCCGAUGGAGGAGCCGUGAGGAGGGACGAAGAGGGUGCGGAGUCCGCGUGUCGUUGACAGUAGCGGCGGCCAGCAGGCGGAAUCAAGCGUCGCUCGACAGUCGAAGCCGGUCUCUCGGCGUGCGAGUAUCGAAAGUAUCGCGAGGUCUCGUAUCGUUAUUUCGCCUCGUUACGCGGACUUGUCAUCUGUCAACGACGCUUCUCCUACGUUCAAUCGGUUCGCUCGCGUUCCCGUGCGUUUUUCCGUUGUGCCGUGCUAACGAGCACCGAAGCUCACCCUGUUGUGCGUUCGUUCGUGUCGUGCUCGUUCGCCAACGACGUUUCCGCUCGCGUGUGUCCAGUGUGCAGAGUGUGUUGGAUGCCACGGCGGAAGCGUUGCCGUCGAGAUUGCAGCGAGGACGUUCCCCUUGGCCGAUUACUUCUUAGGUAUGGAGACUAAUUGCCUUGUACAGAGACACGGUUGAUGACCACUAGUUUCUACCCUUGCAACUUAUCAAUUAAAGCAAUGAAAAGCCUCGUCGAAGAAAGUUCCUCUCCAGCUGCAAAGUAUGGCAGCGAGGCGUGAGUGUCUACGCGAGUAACAGUUUUCCGGCUCGAUUCCCAAAACUUUCACGGUUAUUCGCUUGAACCCGACGACUUCGUGAGAGAUUGUCUUCUGCCGUAGGAAAACGAGAGCUGAUGAAUAGCGAACGGAAGUCGAUCAUCUAGGCGAAUCGGAAGCUGUGAACCGAGGACGUUCUCACGGCUCAAAGAAUUAUCUGGACAAUAAUUUCUUCGUAAUAGUCAACCCUUCAGAUGGAUUUUGGGAAGCAGUAAUUGGUCCAAGCAUGCGGUGAUACCCAAAAAAUCCACCCCCCAAAGAAUACAUAUCAACUCAUAUCAGAAGCAAGGUUCAACUUUCGAAAGAAUUCUCGACCAAUUCAACGUAUCUCUCAGAAGCGUUGCAUAUCGAAUAAAAUGCAGGACCAACGAUGAUCGAUCGUCCACGAACUGGUAUCGGAUGUCGAUCGAACGUGAUCGGCAAGUGCAGUCUGUCAAAAAAUCUCUGGUAACCGGAUCGUUCAUAGCCAACUUACUCGAAGGAUUUCGAGUUGAAUCGCGAAAAGAGAAACUGCUGUACAUACUUUGCGGAAGUUUCGAGCGAAAGAGGAGCAGCAGGACGAAAGGAGAGGAUGUCGCUGAGGUAACGCGAUCUCUCGAGCCGGCUGAAGAACGAUCGUGAAUCGAACCGUGCUCGAAAGGAGAAUAUCGGGUGAAGAAGAGCGGUGGGUUAGAUCCUAGACAUAGGAAAAUGGGUUUCCCUAGAAGAAGAUCCUUGUGGUUGAAGGUAGCCGUGGUAGCCACCGCGGUCUGGGUCACCGUGUGCUUUUUACUCUACACGGAGGAUCGUGGGGACGCGGGUGUGCAAGGUUUGGCGCCGUCGGGCGUCGCGGCGCCUCAGAUGGCCAAUGGAUUCGUGCCUGUAGCCGCACCGCUCAGGAAAGAGACGCCACUUAGCGCGCAGGCUAAAGCGAAGGUCGUCCAGGCCGGGCCUGAACAAGGCGGUGGUGUACUCGUUGCUCCUCGUGAACAGGACUCGAGUGCUCCUGGUGAAAUGGGAAGGCCUGUGAUUCUACCAACAAAUUUGACUGCCGAAACUAAAAAACUCGUCGACGAUGGGUGGCUAAACAACGCGUUCAAUCAGUACGUCAGCGACCUGAUUUCUGUUCACAGAACACUGCCCGACCCACGCGACCCAUGGUGCAAAGAACCUGGAAGGUACUUGAACGAACUUCCGCCCACGGCAGUGAUCAUCUGCUUCCAUAACGAGGCUUGGUCAGUAUUAUUGAGGACAGUUCACUCUGUAUUAGAUAGAUCACCGGAACACCUCAUACAGGAAAUCAUUUUGGUCGACGAUUACUCCGACAUGCCGCAUCUCCAACGUCAAUUGGAAGACUACAUGAUGAACUACCCUAAGGUCCAGAUCAUUAGGGCACAAAAACGAGAGGGUCUUAUUAGAGCACGUUUGCUCGGUGCUGUAGCUGCAAAAGCACCUGUUCUAACAUAUUUGGACAGCCAUUGCGAAUGUACCGAGGGUUGGUUGGAACCGCUUCUCGAUCGAAUAGCUCGUGAUCCAACGACGGUCGUCUGCCCAGUGAUCGAUGUUAUCGACGACACCACUCUGGAAUAUCACUGGAGAGAUUCCGGUGGUGUGAAUGUGGGUGGUUUUGAUUGGAAUCUGCAGUUCAACUGGCACGCGGUUCCUGAAAGAGAGAAAAAGAGGCACAAGAAUCCCGCAGAGCCUGUAUGGUCACCAACGAUGGCCGGGGGCCUCUUCUCGAUAGAUCGUGCUUUCUUCGAACGCCUUGGCACGUACGACAGUGGCUUCGAUAUUUGGGGUGGUGAAAAUCUAGAGCUUUCUUUCAAAACCUGGAUGUGCGGAGGCACCCUGGAAAUCGUACCUUGCUCACACGUGGGCCACAUCUUCCGGAAACGUUCGCCGUACAAGUGGCGUAGCGGCGUGAACGUGCUCAAGAGGAACAGCAUACGGCUGAGCGAAGUAUGGCUGGACGAGUACGCCAAGUACUACUACCAGAGGAUAGGUCACGACAAGGGUAACUACGGUGAUGUAUCGGAUCGAAAGACCUUGAGGAAGAAGCUCGGCUGCAAGUCGUUCAAAUGGUAUCUCGACAACGUUUACCCGGAACUGUUCAUACCUGGCGAAGCUGUGGCUUCCGGCGAGAUACGUAAUCUCGGAGAGGGAGGUAACACCUGUCUGGAUUCGCCGGCACGCAAGGCAGACUUGCACAAACCGGCUGGACUCUACCCCUGCCAUCGACAGGGCGGAAAUCAGUACUGGAUGUUGAGCAAGACCGGGGAGAUUCGUCGAGACGAGUCGUGCUUGGAUUACAGCGGCACCGAUGUCAUCCUCUAUCCAUGUCACGGUAGCAAGGGUAAUCAACAAUGGAUUUAUAAUCCUCAGACGAAGCAGAUCAGACACGGUAGCAGCGACAAGUGUCUGGCAAUCACCGAAAGCAAACAACGUCUGAUAAUGGAGGAGUGUUCGCCGACUGCAGCCAGACAAAGGUGGUCCUUCGAGAAUUACGAUCCGUCGAAGCUGUGAUAUCGCGCCUUUUCGCGUCGCCAAUCGAAGGAUCUCGGCCGGAAGUUCGAUCAUCCCGGCUCUUGGGUGUCUGUUCAACGUUACUCCGUCGCUAGAACGCGUUUCGGUAGAUAGGCGGUGUGGUUUCGAGGCUGGAACGCCUCGAAACGUCGUCGAUCAGACACUCGGGAUCCAUCGCGAGUCAAAGAACACGCAUAAUCUCCGUGGUAAAAAAAGAGACAAAGAGAGAAAAUAAAAUGCUUCGUAGGAAGAGAAACGAUCCGAUGGCCGAUCGAACGGCUGUAAUUUUCUAAAUGUAAGACAGAAGUGCAAUAGAAACGUCGUUUGAGGGGUGAUCGAGGAGAAAACUGUCCUUUCGAUAUGCUGUAAUCGAUGUACAAUGAAAGACCCCCGGGACACUUUGUGAGUGAUCGAGAGUCGAUUGUAGCUGGAGGAAUGCUUUCGCUGGCAUUGAAGGAUUGAAAGCUUCCCUGAGGAGCGCGAAACGGUAAAUAGUUCGGUGUAGGAUUUCAAUCUUCUUCUUCUUCUUCUUGAGAGGAUUGUCAAGGAAGAAGGGAUGUUCUUUUAAGUUUGUUCCUUGUUAACGAGUGUUUCUUCUGACAGUUGGGUGAAUGGUGUUGCUCGUAAUUGAUUAAGGUUUAUAUUGUCUUGCGAAUUAAUUGACGCUUUAUAAUUACACUUACUGGAAAUACGAUCGUUUAUCACUGAUCAGAGAUUACUGAUAAUAAUUGUAAAAUUUUUAUCGCAGCAAUUACGAGCGAGACCCCGUUUUUCCAUAGAUAGUUUAUAGAGUUGAAUCGUUUGAAAAGUUUGAUCAGUUAAAUGCAGUUGUUACGUAAAGGAGUCGUAUAGCUUUGCACAAGUACUUACCGAUCGAAUGGAUUCGUCGUUCGACGAAUUUUUAAUUUAAGUUAACGAAGAGAUUGCUAAGAGCGCGUCAAUGCAUCAAUGACAGCGAAGAGCGUGUCAGAAGUGGAUGCUUUGUUCAUUUUAUUCGAGGUUGACAGGCAAGGAGGAACGAUUUUUGUAAGCUGCUUAUGGCGAGUGCCAUUUCAGAGACGACUUUAUUUUAUUGGUAAACCACGUUCAAAAUUGUUAAAUCAAAAGAUUUAUAUGCAAUUUGAAAGAAAUAAGUUUUCGACUCGGUAGAAAUUUAAUGGUAUUUUAAAAUUAAUGAUUCGUCCCUCUGUCGUGUCCUCAGCGUUUACAAUAGGGUUUUACAUUCCACUUGGUGAGCAAGAAUGAUCACCAGCAAUUUGUAAUUCUGCCACGAUGACGGGGAAAUAUUGUUUUCUAAUUAAUUUAGCUCGUACGUAGCGUGUAGGGACGAUGAAACGAACGAAGUUAAGGUACACAUUCCGAUUACGGUGUAGGAAGACUUUUGUACAUUCAUGUAAAGUAUCUCGAUGCCAGUUUAGAUACCGCCUAACGUAAGUUUUCCGUGUGUAUGUGCGAGAAUAAUUAAGUUGCAGAGCGUGCCAACGAAAUUCUGAAUGCCUCUGCCGGUGUGUGGGACGUUGUACGAUGUAUCAAUUAAUCUCGAUCGUCAUUGAUUGCCUGAGAAAUCACUUACAUAUUAUGCACAUUAACUUUCGCCACCCUCUACAUAUCCGUGGCUCGACAGGUCAUCAAAAAUUCAUCGUCAGAAACAAGCAAGUUCGAUCCAAGUGUCGAGUCACUUUCUUUUAAAUACCUUCAAAGUUCAAGACAAUAUAGACGGAUCAUAAUUAAUAAUUAUCAGCUAAUGGCAAAGCCCGUUUUUGUCCAGAGUUCCAGUUUUGUGCGUCAUUUGGAAUGUGAGUAUAUUUGAUGACUGCGAUUAUUGAUCCAGAGGGAACACUGUGAUUAAUGAAAAGUUUCAAAAAAGAUUCUACACGUUCUUUGUUAUGUGGGUCAUCAGUAGCCUAUUAUAAUUAGAAGCUUUACAACUCUAAUGGUAUUUUUGACAAAAUACUUGAACAACCAUAGCACAAUAUGAAUAUCCAAAAGAUACCUUUUAUAGUCCUUUUGUUCAAUUUUUAUACAAAAUUUCAGAAUCUUACAUAGCAAAGAACGUAUUGAUCUGAACCGACAACUUAUCAAAAUUUUAAUUUCAAUUGUUUCAAAAUUUUGCCGUUUUCUGGCAUAUCAAUUAAUAAGGAAAAUGUUCCCGAAACAAUAGGAAAGUGUGAAUAAUCGAGCUGAAAGGGAAGUAUAUAUACAUAUAAAUAUAGGUUUAAGGUGGUGUAAAGGAUUCUUAUCUUCGAAGGAUGUCGAUGAACGGACGAAUGAAAUUCAACGAGAACGUUUAUACAGAUAGAUAUAGAUAUAUUAUAGAUAUAUUAUAUAUAUGACAUUUUCUACAUUUGGUAAGGAUGUUGCAUAUCGUGCGAGAAAAAGAGAUACAAUGAUGAUAAAAUGAUGUAAUGGACACAGCCGAGCGACGACUGGUCGCACGUUAAUUAAUGUAAUAUCGAACGUGCCUUAUUUCCUGUAUAUAUACACAUAUGAAUAUUAUUAUCAUUAUUAUCAUUAAUACGAACCUCUAUCGUAACGUGCAAGUAUUUGUGUUGAAUAAAUCGAUGUUGUUUUACGUUAA